AAUAGAGCUCCUUUUUUCAUUCGAAUUUUUAAUUGUAGAUGUUUAAAUAAUAGACUUUCUUGCAUUCAUAAAAAAAAAAGACUUUCUUGCACUAAUUAGUCAGUGCUAAUUGCCUUCUGUUUUGCAGAUGUUGCAGAUGAUUGCAAUGUCGAUGAGGUGUAUUGGCCCAUGGGCAAUGUUUUAUCUUGCUCCUGCAGUAUCUGACUAUUAUGUUCCUUGGAAGGAUAUGGUGGAGCACAAAAUUCAGUCAGGAUCUCACCUCUUGGACGUGAAACUUGUUCAAGUGCCAAAAAUGUUGUCAGUGCUUAGGAAAGACUGGGCUCCUCUGGCUUUCUGCAUAUCUUUCAAGUUAGAGACAGAUUCAAGCAUUCUUCUAAAUCAGACUAAUGCAGCUCUUGAAAAGUACAAGAUGCAUGCAGUUGUUGCAAAUGAACUCUUAACUCGCAAGGAACAAGUGGUGGUCGUCACUAGUUCUGAGAAGAUCACUGUUCUGCGAGACAAUGGUGAGUCUGCUAAUGAUGUAGAGAAUCCCUUGAUUAAACUUCUCUCAGAGAGACAUGUCAGUUACAUUGAGGAUUCCAGCAGAUACACCAUCCCAUACCAAAGAUCUCGAGUUGUCAUCCUCCACCGUGCUUCAUCACUUCUAACCACCUUUCGAGAUCUACAUCAGAUCAAAAUGAAUUUCACAAAAAUAAGGAGGAGUUAUCCAAACAGAAAAGAGAUGUUGUGGCGCGAUGUUGUGGCGUGAUGUUGUGGCGAGAGCAAAGCAACAAAUGGUUAUAACAAGUCAUCCUGAGAAUGGUGAUGGUUGUACUGAAAUAGCAUUGGGUUAGCGAUUUAUGUACCAAUACGCCAAUGGAGUUUUGUUUCAAGUUUAUUUAUAGGCACCGAUAAUUUGUUAUUUUAAUUUAAUAGUAUAUAUGUAUGUAGUCUAUUGUCUACCGGUCCCAUUAAACUAAAGUGCUUUUUGUCCCUUCUUAUUUAUUGUGAAAAACUCAAAUUUUGGAAGAAAAUUAUAAUGUUAAACACUGGACCCUUAA